CAAUUCAGUCACCAGCACAGCUUUCCAUCCGCCAUUAUGUCGGCCAAACCUUUGUCGGGUACGAUUAUUUAAUGAUUUGAAUGAAGAAUUAAUCUGUAUGCAUUUGCUGAGUCCUAAACUAGAAACCUUCAUUGGGCCACCGAUGAAGAUUUCCUGAGAGAGGCCUUUCUCAGUAUGGCCAAGUCUCUGACUGUGUACGUUGAGCUUCCUCUACAUUGGAUAACGGAUGCUGAUAUCAAGCAGAGUGUAAUGGGGGACCGAAAGACUGGUCGGAACCGCGGAUUCGGAUUUGUCACGUUCACCGAUUUGACGGAAGCCGCACAAACGAUUCAGGACAUGGAUGAGCGGGAGUAACUCUUCUCUACGUUGAAAUACAUCACUUUGGUCAACGGUUCUGACUAUAUUGUGUGUUGAUUCAAGAUGGAUGGAAAGCGGAUUACGGUCAAACAUGCCAAUGACGGUCCUAGUGGUGGUGGCGGCUGCUGAAACCCUUCGACGUUCCGUAUUGUGCAACUUGUCCGAGAUAAGAGCUUCUACGUAGGCUAUGAUUUGUGGUACUCAAAAGUGACAAACGUGUGUGCUUAGUGAGGUUGGCCACUACAUCU